CAAGUCACAGAUGUGUCAUCCAAGUUCGAGAAAACAGCCGUUGGUAGUAGUAUCCUGACUGUAUAUGAGGAGAGAGAUACACGGAUAAAGUUUUGGAAAAAGUCCAAGAUCACUUCUCCCUGAUUAGCUUCUUGGGCGUCAAUUAGCGGAGAUAACACUGCGAGAUGAGAAAACCAUAGCAGUUCCCACCGAUUAUCACGGAAUAUGCAAGUUUGAUUCAACCUGCAAAGUGUAUCACAACAUAUCCAUGCUUAUCAGGAAUGCUAUAUCGACUCUAAUUCAAUGGCCCUCCCACUCUACCAACGCCAUCAUUAUUGUACGAAACCCGGUUGAAAGAGUCAAUUUUUGGAAUAGCUCCAUGUCGAAUGCAGUGUCAACCGAUGGCAUGAAUCAGGCAACUCCAACUUAUUCUUCAAGCGUAGCAUUUAGAUCCGCUUUCUCAUCGAGUUUCGAGGUCCUUGUACCAGAAAGAGGAUUCUCUAAGAUGCCCUGUUUCGUCAGGAAGAUUGAAUUCAAUCCCAACUUCGUUGGAAGGUCAGCUAUUAUCGAGGAUAUUGACAAAGUGCUAGUUCCACGUGAAUCCAGCUCUUACGGCCUGCGCUCUUUCUGCCUCUGUGGACUUGGGGGAAUUGGAAAGACACAAAUCGCAGCCUAUUACGCAUUCCAGAGGGAAGACGAGUUCGACGCAAUAUUUUGGAUUCAAGCUGACGAGGAGACGAAAAUUGCGAGAGGCUUUGUCGAUAUUGCCAACUCACUUGACCUUGUCGACGGUAGUGACCGCGGCGAUAAGGUAGUAUGUCGAUAUAAAGUUCUUAAGUGGCUCUCUGAACCGCGAAUGAGAGCUCCAAAUGUGGUAAGCGACACUUGCGGUGAAGUUAAGCUUGCCAAGUGGUUGAUAUUAUUUGAUAACGCGGACAACAUCGACCUCAUGCGGGAUUACUGGCCCAUGGCUUCGCAAGGCUCUGUUCUGGUCACCUCCCGUGAUCCCCUUGCGAUGACGGAACUUGCGACGAGGGGAAUCAAUCUAUCGCCUAUGAGCCCCCAAGAAUGUAUCUUGCUUCUCCAGAAGCAAGUUGGCGAAUCGCCAAAUCCUAAGUCUGACCAAGCUGCCUUCCAGCUGGCGAGAACACUUGGAAAUGUCCCUCUAGCUAUAACUCAAAUAGCCACUCGCAUCCGCCGAAAUCAUAUGACCAUUGACGAGUAUGUAUCUCGCCAACCAGACGGCUCCUUGCUAGAAGAAUUGAGCAAAGUAUCGGAGCUUCCGCUAAAGGAACAGUACAAAUUCACAAUGGCCACGGUCUGGAAAUUUGAGUCACUCACCUCUCAAGCUCAAAGCUUAGUUUACGCCAUGGUCUUUAUGGAUCCUGAUGGAGUGGCAGAGUUUAUUAUGGAACAAUCAGUAAAAAUUCCAUCCCUUCCAAUGCUCUAUUAUCCUUAUCCUGGUGAAAUGUUUAUUGAAGCUCGCAAUGAACUAUCGAAAACUUCACUUGUGCAAAGAAACAAGGAAUGCAGAGCCCUUACAUGGCACCGGAUUGUGCAAGAAGUGGCACGAGACAGAUUGAGCCAGACGCAACUCCAAAAUUACUUUCAGCUAUCAAUAUAUCUCUUAUGCGAGGCCUGGGAGUGUGCGAAUGAUCGAUUCAACCGCGAGAAUUUCAAACGUCAGAAAUGUGAGGAUAUAUUGCCUCACAUAAACACUACUCUUCGGGAAUAUACUACCUUGUACGAGAUUGAGGCUUUGCCGAUUGACAAUGCUUGUGAGUUUGUGAAGCUGUUACAAGAGGUUGGCUGGUACUUGGUCCAAAGCUCGAAUUAUGCUACAGCACAGCCAAUCUUCAAAGUAACACUAAAGAUCUGUAAACAAUACGGAAACCAACUGAAGAGAUAUCUGGCCGAUACAUUAUUCUCAUAUGCACGGUAUGGGGAAGAAACGAAUAUGGACCCACAAAGAGUUUACGAAUAUUGCCUACAAUUUCAUAAUAUAUGCCUAGAGCUGGAUGAUGGCUCAAUCUCGUGCCGCGAGGAUGUAGCUACGUCACACACCAGUCUUGCUCAGGGAUACUUGCUUCUUGACAAAUACGAAGAAGCUGUGAAGCACUGCAAAGAAUGCAUGAUAUUAGAACAAGCCCUUCCGGACCAUCUUUAUGAGGGGGCCAUUUCUCAAUUUGCACAUAUAUAUCAAGCUUGGGCUUGGCUUGGCUUGAAACAAUAUAGCAAAGCUGCUGGUUUAUCACUCACCGUCAUUGAAUACAGGAAGAUGAAGUUUAAAGAGAAUGAUGUGGAAUCUUUCAAGCUCGGUCUUGCACUACACUGCCUAGGUAUCGCAAACCAGAAGCAGGGUCUCAUAGUUGAGAGCAUUGGUAUCUUUCAGAAAGCUCUUGCCAAUUUCCGAGCCACCCUAGGACCAAAUUCGUUUAGAGUUGGUCAGAUACUCUUAAAACUUGCAGAAAUUCUCGCGAUGCAAGAAGGACUUGCAUAUGGAGCAAGAAUGAAUUUUGACCAGGCUAUCGACAUUUUCCGCCAGGCUCCCUAUUAUAAACCAGAGCUAGCGAGGGCAUUGUACAAGAAGUCGGUAUUUUUGGCGUCAUCAAAGAAGCAAGAAGCAUAUCUUAGCAUGCAUGAUGACCCUAGCUAUAAGGAGGCGGUUGCGCUAUACUCUGACCUUCGUCCACAUACCUACUCAACCGCGCAAAAUUUAGGUGAAAAAGAUUUCGACUCUUUGGUGAGAUUCUGGUCUCUAUAACAGAAUUUUGUGCAUAAAACACGGAAGGGCAUGAGUCUAUCCUGGAUUGAAAAUGAUAGAUAUUGGUGAUCUAGAAUACUUGAAUGUCUUGCCAAUAUAUCUGCCAAGGACUU